AUGAAUCUAAGGAAAGUAUGGGGAUCAGUGUGGAACCGAUCGAAUAGUUGCAAGGAUUCGACGAAGGCAAUUCAGGUUCCUCUGUCGUCGUCUUCGUCCUCUAUGGGCGCGUUUGAUCAGCUACCGAUGGAUAUACUAGUCCAGAUAGUGAUGCUGAUAGAGCCAAGAGACGCCGUGAAAUUGAGCUUAGCGUGCAAAGCCUUGAAACGCUUAGCAGAGGGUAACAGUCUGUGGAUGUUCUAUCUCCAGUGUAUGCAGGAGUCAUGGGACUCCAUUUUCUUCGCGGAAACAAGUUUGCGUUGUGGUUAUCCGCUCCGAAUGGUUUCUAGUGAAUCAGAGGAGUUGUCGUUCAUGCGUGUUUAUGGUCAAAGAGCUCAAGUUCCUGACUCUAUCAUUAUUGAUGGUGGUUCUGGGUAUUGCAAAUUUGGGAGGAGUAAGAAUGCUUCACCUUUUGGACGUUCUGCUACUUUUCUGGAAUUUGGCAACAUUGAGUCACCCAUAUACGCUAGGCUUCAACAGUUCUUUGUAACCAUUUUCAACAGGAUGCAGGUUAAGCCAUCUAUGCAGCCAAUAGUGGUUUCACUACCCCUCUGCCAUUUUGAUGAUACUGAAUCGGCAAAGGCAUCCAGGCGGCAACUUAAGACUGCUAUCCUUAAUGUCUUGUUUGACAUGAAUGUGCCUGCAGUGUGUGCAGUUAGUCAGGCUGUUUUAGCUCUAUAUGCUGCAAGGCAGACAUCUGGAAUUGUUGUUAACAUUGGUUUCCAAGUCAUAACCAUUGUUCCAAUUUUGCAUGGGAAGGUGAUGCGGCAGGUAGGUGUAGAAGUCAUUGGUUUUGGAGCAUUGAAACUCACGGGUUUCCUUAAAGAGAAGAUGCAAGAGAACAACAUUACCUUCCAAUCGCUCUACACUGUUCGUACUCUAAAAGAGAACCUGUGUUAUGUCGCUCUCGAUUAUGAAGCUGAACUUUCAAGAGACACACAAGCUUCAGUGGAAAUUGCGGGUGAAGGAUGGUUUACUCUGUCAAAGGAGCGUUUUCAGACAGGGGAGAUACUAUUCCAACCACGUCUUGCUGGAAUGCGGGCAAUGGGAUUGCACAAUGCAGUCGCACUCUGUAUGGACCACUGUGAUGCAGCAGGACUAACAGGUGAUGGUAGCUGGUUCAAGACUGUAGUAUUGGCUGGAGGAAGCGCAUGUUUGCCAGGGCUUGCAGAAAGGCUAGAGAAAGAAUUGCAUGACUAUCUUCCCGCAUCUAUAUGCAAUGGAGUCAGAGUAAUCCCUCCUCCUUGCGGCGUGGACACAGCGUGGCAAGGGGCAAAGCUUAUCAGCAAUUUAAGCACCUUUCCUGGUUCUUGGUGCAUCACAAGAAAGCAGUUCCGUCGCAAGUCAAGACUAAUGUGGUGA